GUACCUAUCUCGUCCAAAAUACAACAUUAUUAGAAAGUUUAAAGUACAACUAGUCAACAACCUAACCUCACUUAGUUCUCCAGUUAGAUGCUUAGAAACAUUAAUCGCAGGCAGGGUUUUAAUUGUAGUUUAUAAUGUUUAGUUUGCCUAGGACUUUGUUAAAAAAUAAAGAUUUGGUAGCAAAAACCCUGAAGAUGUCCACCAAACCGUCGUAUAAAACCCUCUCGAUCACAGUGCCCAAAGAAUACGUUUAUCAUGUGGAACUGGCAAGACCGGACAAAUUAAAUGCUAUGAACGCAACAAUGUGGCACGAAAUUGGAAAUUGUUUUGAAAAUUUGGAUUCUGAUGAAGAUUGCAGAACCAUUGUCUUGUCUGGGCAAGGAAGACUGUUUUGUGCAGGUCUGGAUUUGUCUGACACAUCCUCUCUUGGAAUACUUAUGAGCGAAGUAGACGUUGCCAGAAAAGCCAAACAUUUACUAAAACUAAUCGAAAAGUAUCAAGACUGCCUGACCGCCAUUGAAAAAUGUAAAAAACCCGUACUAUCGGCGGUACAUUCGGCCUGCGUAGGAGGCGGCAUUAAUAUCAUAGCCGCCGCUGAUAUGAGAUAUUGCACCAAAGAUGCUUGGUUCCAAGUAAAAGAGGUAGACAUUGGUUUAGCUGCUGAUGUGGGUGUUCUUCAAAGGCUGCCAAGAAUUAUUGGUUCAGACAGUCUAGCAAGGGAAUUGUGUUAUACUGCCAGAAAACUUCCAGCUCAAGAAGCCUUAAAAUGUGGACUUGUUUCGGAACUAUUUGAGGAUAAGGACCAGAUGUUAUCUAAAGUUAUAAGUAUUGCUGACGAAAUAGCCCAAAAGUCGCCUGUAGCAGUCCAAGGUACUAAAGUCUGCAUGGUUUAUGGCCGCGACCACUCCGUCCAAGAAGGUUUAGAUCAAAUGAAACUAUGGAAUCAACUCAUGCUACAAAGUGAUGAUUUCAAGAACGCCAUUGGUGCACAACUAAGCAAAGAAAAGCCUGUGUUUUCUAAAUUGUGAAGGGUGAAUUUAUUUUAUUUUUAAUAAAGGUAUAUUUUAAAUUU